AUGACUAUUAAGCCAGUAGCUCGCCAGCACGCGCCGCCCGGUCACCGACCCCGGCGGCCCGCACCGGCCGCGUCGGGCGCCUGCAGCGGGCCCAGCGCGGUCACCGACCCCGGCGGCCCGCACCGGCCGCGUCGGGCGCCUGCAGCGGGCCCAGCGCGGUCACCGACCCCGGCGGCCCGCACCGGCCGCGUCGGGCGCCUGCAGCGGGCCCAGCGCGGUCACCGACCCCGGCGGCCCGCACCGGCCGCGUCGGGCGCCUGCAGCGGGCCCAGCGCGGUCACCGACCCCGGCGGCCCGCACCGGCCGCGUCGGGCGCCUGCAGCGGGCCCAGCGCGGUCACCGACCCCGGCGGCCCGCACCGGCCGCGUCGGGCGCCUGCAGCGGGCCCAGCGCGGUCACCGACCCCGGCGGCCCGCACCGGCCGCGUCGGGCGCCUGCAGCGGGCCCAGCGCGGUCACCGACCCCGGCGGCCCGCACCGGCCGCGUCGGGCGCCUGCAGCGGGCCCAGCGCGGUCACCGACCCCGGCGGCCCGCACCGGCCGCGUCGGGCGCCUGCAGCGGGCCCAGCGCGGUCACCGACCCCGGCGGCCCGCACCGGCCGCGUCGGGCGCCUGCAGCGGGCCCAGCGCGGUCACCGACCCCGGCGGCCCGCACCGGCCGCGUCGGGCGCCUGCAGCGGGCCCAGCGCGGUCACCGACCCCGGCGGCCCGCACCGGCCGCGUCGGGCGCCUGCAGCGGGCCCAGCGCGGUCACCGACCCCGGCGGCCCGCACCGGCCGCGUCGGGCGCCUGCAGCGGGCCCAGCGCGGUCACCGACCCCGGCGGCCCGCACCGGCCGCGUCGGGCGCCUGCAGCGGGCCCAGCGCGGUCACCGACCCCGGCGGCCCGCACCGGCCGCGUCGGGCGCCUGCAGCGGGCCCAGCGCGGUCACCGACCCCGGCGGCCCGCACCGGCCGCGUCGGGCGCCUGCAGCGGGCCCAGCGCGGUCACCGACCCCGGCGGCCCGCACCGGCCGCGUCGGGCGCCUGCAGCGGGCCCAGCGCGGUCACCGACCCCGGCGGCCCGCACCGGCCGCGUCGGGCGCCUGCAGCGGGCCCAGCGCGGUCACCGACCCCGGCGGCCCGCACCGGCCGCGUCGGGCGCCUGCAGCGGGCCCAGCGCGGUCACCGACCCCGGCGGCCCGCACCGGCCGCGUCGGGCGCCUGCAGCGGGCCCAGCGCGGUCACCGACCCCGGCGGCCCGCACCGGCCGCGUCGGGCGCCUGCAGCGGGCCCAGCGCGGUCACCGACCCCGGCGGCCCGCACCGGCCGCGUCGGGCGCCUGCAGCGGGCCCAGCGCGGUCACCGACCCCGGCGGCCCGCACCGGCCGCGUCGGGCGCCUGCAGCGGGCCCAGCGCGGUCACCGACCCCGGCGGCCCGCACCGGCCGCGUCGGGCGCCUGCAGCGGGCCCAGCGCGGUCACCGACCCCGGCGGCCCGCACCGGCCGCGUCGGGCGCCUGCAGCGGGCCCAGCGCGGUCACCGACCCCGGCGGCCCGCACCGGCCGCGUCGGGCGCCUGCAGCGGGCCCAGCGCGGUCACCGACCCCGGCGGCCCGCACCGGCCGCGUCGGGCGCCUGCAGCGGGCCCAGCGCGGUCACCGACCCCGGCGGCCCGCACCGGCCGCGUCGGGCGCCUGCAGCGGGCCCAGCGCGGUCACCGACCCCGGCGGCCCGCACCGGCCGCGUCGGGCGCCUGCAGCGGGCCCAGCGCGGUCACCGACCCCGGCGGCCCGCACCGGCCGCGUCGGGCGCCUGCAGCGGGCCCAGCGCGGGCCGCAGCGCCGCCGCCGCCGCGGUGAGGUGUGCUCGCAGCUCCGCCGCCGCCGGCCGCGCCCGCGCCGCGCGCCAACAGCUCGCCAGCACGCGCCGCCUGCGCCCGCACGCUCGUUACAGGUCUAA